GGAAUGCAGAGAGGCUGACAGGAUGCAGAGAGUAGGGAGUGUGGUGUCCCUGCUGGUCCUGGGCUUGGCCUGGAUCCUGCAUGUGAUCUCUGUGCUCCCAGAACCUCUUGUCCUCACACAGGAGAACUUUGAUCUGAGUGGGUUCAUGGGGAUGUGGUAUGAAGUAGCCGUGGUUUCUUCUUGUCCUCACUACAUGCAACGCAAGAAUGGAAACCCUGUCAUUGUUGCAGUGGAGCUGAAACAUGGUCCCUCUGAGAGAAACUUCACAAUGACAGCCACUACUUACAGGAAUGGCACAUGUAAGCAGACGUCUACAGCAUAUAGUUUGACUGACACUCCAGGACGAUUCUUCCACCAUGUUGCAAGGUUCGGAGCAGAUGUCGAUUCUUUCGUGGUUCAUACCAACUACGAUGAGUAUGCAAUGAUGCUUCUGCUGAGCACAGAGAAACCAUCCGGAAAUAAAACCACCACUGUCAAGCUUUAUAGUCGAACUCUGAAUGUGACGGCUGCUGGGCUGGACAACUUUAAAACACUGGUCAGACAACAUGGGAUGAGUGACAACACCAUCAUCAUGAAUCAGAAUAAGGGAGAGUGUGUUCCAGGUCAGCAGGUGACAAAGCCUCAGAUUUUGGUUUCCAUGAAGUCCAAAAAAGAUGUGAGUCCACCUGUGGUUCCUGCAUAAGAGGAGGAGGCUGAUAAUAUCUGACCAGUCUUUCACUCAUCAUACUGUGACACAGACUCCCAGAGAUGACAGGACACGGGGGACGUGAAUCGUGGACACCCCAUCACUGGCAUUUCAUACUAUGAAAGACAUAUUUUUUCAGGUCCUCAUAAGCUCUCCAAAAUUUGAAACUGUAUCAUUACAGAAAAAAAAAUAUCAAGAUAUCACACACAUUGUGUUUUUGUCCAGUUUUAGCAUUUUAAUGAAUGUUUGUUACAAUACAAUACAAUACCGUGUGUCAAUCUUUUGCAAAUAAAGUGAUUGAGAGUGUUUGUUUGACCUUU